CGUUGUCAUAGUAGCAGCAGCCAGAGACUCAUGUCUUGCAGUUCGAAACCUUAAUUACUAAAAACCGCGAAGAAAAGCAACAAUACCUGUUUCAUUCUGGAGGAAAAAACUUUUCUCUGCACUGAAGUGUCUUUGAGAUCCAGAAUUGUAUCGAAGAAGUGUCCUUCUGGGGACUUUUAAAAUUGCUUUGUUCUUCUCUUUUCCGUAAUUUCUAAACCAUGUCCCAGAAACAGACCAAUGUCGAUGCUCAAAAAGGCAUUGCUGUUGGCCGUGUCCUUUUGGUAGCUGCUGAGACUUUAAACUUUAGUGUGGAUGAGACACACUCUGAUCCCUACGGCUCCUCUUCCCAGUCCCAUAGCGGCAUGGUUGGUUUGAUUGGAGGGGAAGGAAAAGACCGGGACUCUCAGCUUUCCCACCAAGCGGGCAGCCACAUUAGCAAUACAAUGAAACUCUUCACAAGCCUAGGUCUGUCACCAACUGACAUGGACGCCCUGGCACAGUUUCCAGAGGAGAACAUCAAUGUGGAGACCUUGCCCCGACUUAUCAUGCAACUUAAGAGCCGCAAGAUGGAAUCAGGCCACCACAUGGCUGACAAUCUGUCAAGAGUUUCUUCAGAGACUUCCUACAGAGACAGCCGAGAGGAUUGGGGCGACAUACAGGGUGGAAGACUGGACCGUUCCAGCGGCCAGAGUCAAAGCCGUUCACAAGGUCACUAUGGUUGUAGUUCCAUGUGCGAUACGUCUGAUCGAGGGUAUGACAUGUUAGAUUAUGGCUGCAGAGAGGGACAAUAUUCUGAGCUUUCCCAGAACUCCUACCGCAGCCUUGGCAUGUCCACGUCAUCGGCAUCUGACGACAAGUUCAUGCAGAGAAGAAUGGGUGCCCCGUCCCAGGGAAAAGUGCAAGAUUUCUUGGGAGUCAUGCCUCCUAUGUUUCCUUAUGUGUGUGCCCUUUGUGAUUUUGAUGUUCACUCUGUCAUGGAAUGGACUCAGCACACAACUGGGAUUCGUCAUUCCGAAAACUGCAGACAACUCCUACAAUUGUUCCCAGACUGGGAUCCUCACUUGCCCUCGGCUCGCAUGGCAACUUCCCUUUCACUGGACACAAAGAGUCGUCAAGAUGGAUUGCUGGGAGUAGCUCCAAUGGGUGCUGGUCAACAAAGAUCAGGGAUGAGCUCCAACUGGGGGUCUGAUUCCAGUAUGGGAAUGACAAAUAAAAGUUCAUCAUAUGCAGCGGCUCCAAAGAUAAGAAGUAGAGUGGUUGUGGCAAAAUAUGACCGGAAACCACUUUCAUUAAGCAGCCUGUUUGCUUUGGCAAAACCCUUUGGCACCAUCCAUGAGCAUCUUGUGCUGAAUAACAAGGCUUUCCUGGAGCUGCAGACACAUGAGGAAGCUUUGGCCAUGGCUAAUUACUACCAGCGUAAGCCUGCCAUUUUAAAUGGGAAAGAGGUGCGCAUUUAUUUGUCAAAGGAACUGCUGGUAAUAAAGAAAUCUGGAAGACCGGACAGAGGCGCUAGACCUGUGAAGGGAGGAGACAGUCAGAACAAUCUAGCCACGAUGGACCCAGUGGAGGAAUCCACUCUCCGCUCCACCCUGUCUCAGCAGGAAGCUUUACUGGGACGUCAGCAGGAUCAGAUCUCCGCUUCUAACCGGGCUCUGGAGAUGAUGGCAUUGCAGCUUGCCCAGCUCACCUCUGUUAUUCAACAGCUCCGACAGCCUUCCAAAGCCGGUCCCAUCCAAGUGGAUCAACAUCUGGACCUAAGUCGCCACCGUUCUCCACCUACCCGAGUGGCUGACCACCAUACCCAGUCCACAGUUUCAGCCAGGUCAUCAGAAUCACAGUCCGACACAGAGCCCAUACUGGACGGGAGGGCCCGGGUGUCUCAUAAGGAAAAGCGGCGACGCCUCAUUCAAGGACUCUGUUUUUAUUGUGGCCAGUCUGGUCAUGUCAAAGCUUCCUGUCCAGUAAAAGACAUCGCUCAUCAGUAGGCAGGGGGUUACUGGCGAGCACAACACCCCUGGACAAAACCCCCGGAUUUAUGCAUGCUUUAUGCAUGAAGGCAUCUCGGGGGGGGGGGGGUCUGUUCUGUUUUUGUUAUUUAUCUCCCUCAUGUGUAUCAGGUGCUAUCGGCAUUUGUGAUCAGCGUUUCAGUCCCACUGCCCAUUUAAUGCCUUUGUUGUGACAUGUUCUUUCCUAGAUUUUUGUUUGGCGCUGAAUUAACUCCCCUCGCUCUCUCUGCUUAGUUGGUCCUGUCUCGUGUAUCUGUUUUGGUUGCCCGUCUCUGCCUGCAUGUCGGGAGUGUGGUUACCUUCUAGUUUGCUGUGUGCUUGUUCUCUGUACCCACGACUCUUCAACAGAGGAUUCCUCACGGAUCUGCUACUGACUACCACAAUGCAUAUACUCGCCUACAAACACACUCUUCAUGGAGGAUUCCUCAGGGAUCUGCUCACUGCCCUGCCACAGUGAACGCACAUCGACGAAAACACCUAUCACCUUCUUACUGCAGUCAGUGUCAGGUUCUCCAUGCUUCACCUGCCCAGUUGAUGUUAUAAUUUACUGGUAAUAAAUUAUUUUAACUGUUCCUCGGCACUUUGGUCUCUUAGUCUCCUUGUGACAGAGUGGACAUGCAGAUACGACUCCAAUGCAAUUGCUGUGAAAAGCCUGAAAUUUACUAGGUUAUCACAUUUAUGAAAACUUUUGCAUCUUAGAAAAUUUGCCACAGGUCUUCUAUAUAUUUAGGAUAAAUUAUAUUUUAGUCUCAAUUGCCUCUGUCUCCAUGUAAUUCCAGACUGAUUCUAUGUUCAGUGGGAGGCUCUGUGGGUGCCAUGCCAUCUGUUGCAGGGC